UAGCAGGUUCCUCAGUGGAUUCAUAUGUAAAUUACCCACUGUAAAAUAGGUGCCAGGACUUAAUAAUAAAACCAAAGUUCCUACAUUUAAUAUUUGUUAUUGUAGCAGUCAAUGAUGAUGGGAGGCAUGCAGGGUGGGAUGCAAGGUGGAAUGCAGCCCAAUAUGAUGGCAGGUGGGAAUAUGAUGAUGGGACAAGGGCAAAUGGGAGGUUACAAUCCACAACAACAGCAGUAUCAUUUACAGCAGGUUCAGCAGCAACUAGCAAAUAUGAACAUGGGUCAGCCAGUAGCAGGAGCAGGCUUUCCACAACAGGGCCAGGUCAUGGCUGGAGGGGGUGGCUGGGGAAACCCGGGCUCAGGGACAACUUUGGCAAAUAAUCUUUGGCAAUGAUAAGGGAUGGUUUUAGGUUUUGCAUAUUAUCAUUAAGUUAUAUAAAUUAAUACAGGACCGGGGAAAUAAUUGAAUUGGCUGGAAAUGUUCAGAUGGACCACAUUAGGAUGUAAAUGAAAGGACUACGUCAGUGCUCAAAUGUGUUGCAAAUACACCACCCAUGGUAGAAAUCAUAUCACUGAUUCUAGAAAUCUUCUGAAGUGUGUUCUCUUGGGAUAAACAUAAAUUAAUCCUCAGACAUAGAAUUUUAAAUGCCCAUGCUAUUGUCUUUGUACAGUUUUUAAGUAUCAGUAAGAUCUUGACUAAUAAAUUGUGAACUUCCCCUUUUUUAUUGCAACUGUAGAAAUUCUUGUACCAAAUGGACAAGACACCAUUGAUGUUGGUCAGGUUAAGUACAUUAUUGUUUUGCAUUGUAAUACAUUGAUAGCAUUUAAUGGUCAUUGUCUCGUUGUGAGCAGUAUUAUGUUUUUAUUUCUCAUUGUGGUGACUUAUUAGAAGUGCAUAAAGUGCAUCGAUUUUGCCAAGUAAUUUGUUAUUAUAGAUAAAAGAUCAAGUUUCUGCCACCUCCAAUUCUUUAACCCUCCUGUGAUGUCAAAUGGGUGAAUUUGGGGUACAUAAUUUGGCACAAGAUGCCCGAGCGAUUAGCAUUAGUUGACAUUUGCUGAACUAGGGUGUUCAUCCCGUUUCCAAAACUUAUUUCCGUAGCUGGGCUUCGGGCUAACUAGGAAGUGCAACAUUAUGACACAAAUGUAACACAUCUUAAUUAUUUGUGGGAACUUGAAGAUGUGGUUUUCAUUCACACAUCUGAUUAUUUUAUCAGAAGGGAAAGAACUUCAUUCUUAGAAAUGAUUUAUAAUUUAUGAGGUUUAGCAAGUGAUAACUAUACUUUGUCUGUGUUGCAUUCCAUCAGUUUUAAAUAUGAAAUAAGUCAAACAAUUAUCAUGUAUAUACUGAAUAGCAGAAAAACUGAAAUGUCCAUGUCUUUAUUCUGUAACAGUAGUUUGCUGUAAAAUGAAUUUUAUUAAUAGUGAUUUGUAUAUCAUAGGUACUGUACAUUGUUAUAUGUAAAAUAAAAUCCUUCCAAUACUA